GCGGGCACCGGGGACUCCCCCCGCCGCCUCCCGGGCCUGCGGGGCGGUUCCGCUUUGCUGCCGGUGUUCCGUCAGCCCCGUCGGUUUGGGGGUCCCCCGGGUAAAGCCAGGGGUGCGUCCAUCCCCUCGCCGUUCUGCGGUGCCAAAGUCAAGCCCCACCCUGUGGUAGCGAAGCCAAACCUCGGCCAUGUACUCAGCUCUCACCGCCCGGGUGUCAGGGGCGGUUUGCUGCUCCAGCACACACAGUGCCGGCGGAAUCCUCCAGCCUGUGCCCGGGGAAGGCAGCUUGUGGCAGGGACACAUCUGCACCCGUGGAGGGUGCAUCCCCACGUUCUCGCCUCCGGGUCAGGCUGGCACAGCACACCCUUGAUGGUGAUCCACCCUCGAGUGGGCUCGCACUGUGGAUGGGCUGGGGUCUGGCACCCCGCUGUCCUCCCCGAGCCAGGGUGGGUGCGAGAGGGCAGCGCUGCGGGCACGGACAGGGCUGAGUGUCCGGAGAACAGGGGGUGAUCUCCAGGACGAGAGGAAAUGGCCUCAAGUUGAGUCAGCAGAGGGCUAGAUUGGAUAUUAGGGGAAAUUUCUUCAUUAAAGGAUGGUCAGGCACUGUAAAAUGUUGCCUGGGGGCAGUGGUGAAGUCACCAUCCCUGGACAUGUUAAAAAGGCGUGUGGAUGUAUCGCUUAGGAACGUGGUUUAGCGGUGGGCUUGGCAGUCACCGGUUGGUACUCGAUGAUUUUAGAGGGCUUUUCCGAUCUGAACGAUCCUUUGAUUCCGUGACUUGUAUUCCCCAGACCUCCGGCUGUCGCGGUGCCUUCCCGUGUCCCCCCUCCCCUCCGCCCCCCGUUCCUGACGUCCUGAGCGCGGCUGCGGGAACACAAUGAGGCCCUGAGGAGCGCGGCGGCUCCGGCUGAGGAAACAAACGGCAGCCGGCUUCCUCCGCACCCUGCCCUGGCCCCGCAGCCCGCUCAGCCUGGACACCAUGGGCAUGUCUGCGGAGGACGAGCGCGCCGCCAGCCCCAGAGACGAGGAGUGGCCGGAAGCGGAGAAGGCUGAGAAGCUGGCGAGAGGAGCCGCUCUGAAAUGGGCUUCAGGGGUGUUUUACCGCCCCGAGAAACUGGAGGGGCUCGGGCAUUACCGGAGGCGAGAGACACAGAGGAACAACUCCAUCCAGUCCCGGCUGAAGUCAACUGUCCAGUCCUACCUGGAGGGGGGCCUCCAGCAGAUGAGGAAGCUGAUGGAGGAACAUGUGCAGCUGGCCUCGGUGGUCCAGGUGCUGCCCCAGAUCUUCUCGGUCCACGAGGUUUUUUCCCAUAUCCUGCAGCUGCUCCAUGGGCAGCAUCUCUUGGAGGCACACGUGGAGCUCAUGAUGGUGGAACAACUCCGGGAUGACAUCCUCUCCCAGCUGCACCUCCGCGGGCUCUCCGGUGCCCAGGCAACUGUGCUGUCCUACUUCAGUGGCCUGCAGGACCUCAACGAGAGCCUGGCCAAGCAGCUGUGGGACAUUGUGGGCAGCAGCCUGCGGUUGGUGCGCAAGGACCCCGUUCUCUUUGUCACUGCUGUGAGGAUCAUCGAGCGGGAGGAGAAAAUAGAUGAUACUCUGCUCUUGGAGGCCACCUUCCUGCCCCCUGGCCGCCCAAAGGGCUGGAGGCAGAAGUUCUACCAGGUCCUCCAGGACACCCUCACAGGAGCCCGUUUCCAUGCUCCCCGCAUGGAUGCUGAGGGGCCGGGGCUGGCCAAGCACCUGGCGGCGCUGCAGAAGGACAUCGUGUCUGAGCUGCGUGUGGUGAAGGACCUGAUGGUCCAGUGCGUCCCAGCCCACUACAACAUCCUCAGCCUCUGCACUGCCACCUACCACCAGGCCCUCACCAGCCACCUCCAGGAGAUCCUGCGGGAGGACCUGGACAAACAGGGACUCUUCCUUCUCCUUGAGUGGGCGCUCCGUGUGUACCACAGCCCAGAGAUGAUGGGUCACCCUGACCUCCUCCCAGAAGUGGAUGUUUCUGCUCUGGAUCCCUUGAUGUCCUCUGAGCUUGUGGAUCAGACAGAGAGGAGAUAUGUGAUGAAAGUCAAGGCUAGCGUGUUCGAGUGGAUGCAGAGGACUCUGGAGGUGGAGUUCAAGGAGUGGUUCAGGGAAGAGGAACCUGAGACAGACCAUCAGGGCUUCUUCCAGUCAGCCUUGCCUGCCAUUGUCAUGCAGAUGCUGAAUGAGAACAUCCAGGUGGCUUCCUUGAUCACCAACUCUCUGCAGCAGAAGAUCUACAACAUGGCCUUGGAGGAGCUUGAGGCAUUCCUGGGCCGCCUGCGGGAAGCCCUGGCGCAGUGCGGGAAGCAGCACCAGCAGGACCGGGCCGUCCCCAAGUACUACAUCUCCCACCUGCUGGCCGUGCUCAACAACAACCUGGCUCUCAGCAAUUCUGUCUCAUCCUUGCACCCUGACACUGCCUGCAGAGAAGUCCCUGGAUCCCUGCAGGCUGCUCUAGACAGGAUGCAGAAGAAAGCCACCCAGCUGCUGCUGGAGGAACUGCUCCUGGACCUGCAGCCCCUCUGCCUGCAGCUGCCGUCCCGCAAGUGGCUCUCCGGGUCCCAGCUCGUCGGCAGCAUGUGUGAAGUGAUUGACAAGUACGCAAAGGACUUCUCCCGCGUCAGGAAACCCGUGUUCACGCUCCUGCUGGCGGAGAGCGAGCUCCUGGUGGUGAACCAGUACCUGCGGGCACUCCUGCAGAGGAAGAUGGUGUGCAAGAGCCGGGAGGAGCGGGGCCAGCUGUGCCACCGCCUGCUGCAGGACGCCACGCAGCUCCGGGAGCUCUUCUGUGGCCUGGGCCUGGACCGAGGCCAGCAGAGCCUGGAGGCUGUUUUUGCCCUGCGGGAGCUGAUCUACCUCAAAGACCCAGCACUACUCAGCCUGGAGGUGCUGGGCUUCAUCACCAAGUACCCUGAUGUCAGCGAUGAGCACAUCUCCACCUUGCUGGAUAUCCGUGGGGACGUCUCCAAGGAAGUGCGGCACGUGGUGCUGGAAAUGAUGGCUCAGCACCCCCAGGUUCUGCCCGAGGGCUACCGGCCCAUCUUCAGCACCAUCCUGGUCCCUGUGCAGGAGCUGCCCUUCUGCCUUCGCAAGGGCAAGUGUGCCUGACCCUGCCUGGCACUGGUGCCCCGCUGGUCCCAGGUAGGGGUCGUGCAGGGCAGUUCUGUGGUUGUGCGUGGUGAGAAUGGAGGUGAAUGUGGCAUCCCCUACACACAGCACCUUGUCCUGUGUUGGGGACAGUCUGGAUAAAGGCCGUUCUCCUCUGGUCUUGCCCCAUGAGAAGACUGACCCCUGCAAGCACCAGUCCCGGGGGAAAUCCAACCUGUAGCUACUUUGGUGGCCUGCUGGGACAGUGACUGGGGAUGGCUCAGGCCCAUUGCCUGCAGCAGAAAGAACACUUGCAGAAUGGACAGGAAUCUGCGCUGGGACAAAUUCACGUCUCCAUGGGGCUGCAGAGAUGCUUGAGUUUCCCCAAGUCUCCAGACAACCCCCUGAGCCAGUGUGUCCCAGCCAUGGAGGCUGUUACCAAUCCAACUCUGGGGCAGACUGGAGCCUUGCUGGGACCAGGAAGGUUUCAGCCAUGGGAGCUCCUCUGGGCUCAGCCCUGGGGUUGGGUGCUGCUGCUCCACAGGCUGGGCCCCGCAUGGCCAGUGGGGAGCAGCUGAGCCAGCUGAUCAUGGCUCAUGUAUCCUGAGGAGAUGAGCACAAGGUGGUCUCCUCACCCUCGACAGUGCCACCAGCCCUAUCCCUGCUGGCACAAAGGGACAGCUCGGAGUUCCUGCUGACCUGCCAGACUUCUGGCUCAUUUGCCAGGAGGAACACUGCAGUUGGAGGCUCUCAAGCUGCAUGGAGAGCGUGGUUGUGCCUGGUGUGUUGUCCUGCUCCAAGGUUCCUCCGUGAUGGGCAGCACCACCCUGAGCACUGGCUCUCCCUCCAUCCUCUGCUGCUGCCCAGGCCUUGGCAUCUCCUCCCAGGUGCCACAUGAAGAUCAGGAGCAGUCUGUGUCUCUGCCUACACCCUUGUGCCUAGCCCCUGCAGCACUCCAGGAGACCUCCAUGCUCUGCCAUGCUUCCCACCCUGGGAUGGGCCACAUCCCACUGUCCUUGCAUGGUACCACUGCUGGAAAUAAAGGCCUAAGCUCUGAA